ACAAAAAUAGUUACAUUUUCAAGGAAAACAAUUUUCUAAAUAUCUUUCUUCAUUGUAUAGGUGGGGAUACACAAGAAAAAAAAUUGUUACUUUAGGGAAACUAUGUCUUCUACAGGACUAUUGUUAAAUGCUCAAAAUGACUAUGUGGUGAUAAAUAAUGGAGUUGUGGAAAUAACUUGGACAAAUCCAGGAGGAAUUAUCAAAGGGAUAAAGUACAAGGGAAUUGACAACUUGUUGGAAGAAAAGAAUAAAGAUUUGAAUGGAGGGUUUUGGGACCUUAAUUGGAGCGAGCCGAGUAGUACAAAAACAAGGGGAAAGUUUGAUACGAUACAAGGGACAGCUUUGCAAGUUAUAGUGGAAAAUGAGGAGCAAAUUGAGCUUUCAUUCACAAGAAUGUGGAGUCCAGAAGUCCAGGGUGAACAAGCUCCUUUGUAUAUUGAUAGGAGGUUCUUGUUGAAUUUAGAUUUUUUUCUUCUAAUCGUUUGAGUAUAAUUCGUCA